CUCCCGAAAACAUUUCCGAAUUUCCGAGUUUUUUCGCUAAAAUACGCAAAAUAUCCGACAAAAAAUCAUGUCAGACACGUGGGAAGACAUUCAAGCGGUCAAGAACAAGCGAAACAGCUAUCGGGAACGUUUGGAAAAGCGCAAAAAGGAACGUCAAGACAUCCUUGGGACUCUGCCGUCGUCGCUGAACUCUUCCAAAACGAUAAAUUUGGAGUCAACAUCGUUCGACGAUAAAAGCAGCAUCGGAACAACGUUCAAAUGGGAAGCCGCCGAAGUAGAUCCAGAGUUUGAACGAUCAUUUUUGGUCUUUUUGAGCGAUCGCAGCUUGAUUUUGCCCAUCAACUCGAAGCAAAUUGUCGAAAAAUUGAUAAAACAAACGAAGAAAAGUGUCGCUCCAAGCACUUUGCAUUACUACAUCCAGAAAUAUUCGACGCAACAAGUCAUUAGUGUGCAAGAUGUUAGUAUCGACAACGAAUCUGGGUAUGAAGUGCUGCGGAUAGACCAUGCGAAAGUCGAUAAUUGUCUCCAAAAUGACAUUGUGGAUAAUGCUCCGGUCAAAAUUGAGGGCAACAAGAAGAGAAAGUAUGAAACUGAGGAAAUAGACGCCGAUAUCAAGCCUAAAAUCGAGAAAAAAUCCACAAAGGAACGAAAUGUCACAACUCAGGAAUCCGACAUCAUGUCCUUACUCUCACUGCCUUCGACGAAAGAGAAGCAAAGUAAACAAGUUGGUGUCGAAAUCUUAGAAUUACUCUCAAAACCAACCGCUAAGGAGAGAUCUCUCGCGGAAAAGUUCAAAUCUCAAGGCGGCGCUCAAGUAAUGGAAUUCUGUCCGUACGGAACAAAAGUCGAAUGCGAGAAAAAUCGCUCCCGCGAAGAACCGGAGGAAGAAAAUGACGAAAAUAAGGAAAUAAUUAAGACAGAAACGACUCCCAUCAAGGAAGAUCCCGACAAGGAAGAAGGCGAAAUGACAGAAGAUGACAAAAUUGAAGGAGAAGAAGAAGAAGAAGUCUCGCGAAAAGUCGAUUCGCCCACAAAAUGUAACAAAGUGCAUUUUAAAAAAAUAAUUCAACAACACACCGAUGAAUCGCUCGGCGAUUGCAGCUUCUUAAACACUUGCUUUCACAUGGAUUCCUGCAAAUACGUGCAUUACGAAGUAGAUGACAAGAGUGUCCUCGAAAGUAGUCCCAAAGUUACUCCAAGUCGCGUUUUUGCGACAUCCAAGGACAACGCUUCGAAUCUCGCGUUAAUCGCAAGUCCCGCCAACCAACCAACGCCCAGUAAAAAAGAUUCCGGCGCCAUUCUCUACCCCACGCAGUGGAUCCAAUGCGACUUGCGGUAUCUCGAUAUGACAGUUUUGGGUAAAUUCGCUGUCAUUAUGGCGGAUCCUCCGUGGGAUAUUCACAUGGAAUUGCCUUACGGCACGAUGUCGGACGACGAAAUGCGUCAAUUGGGCAUCCCCGCGUUGCAAGAUGACGGCUUGAUAUUUCUCUGGGUAACGGGUCGAGCGAUGGAAUUGGGCCGGGAGUGCUUGAAACUUUGGGGCUACGAGCGAGUCGACGAAAUUAUCUGGGUGAAGACGAAUCAGUUGCAACGUAUUAUCAGAACAGGUCGAACGGGACACUGGUUGAAUCACGGGAAGGAACAUUGUUUGGUUGGGAUGAAGGGAAAUCCAACGAAUCUCAAUCGGGGUUUGGAUUGCGAUGUAAUUGUGGCAGAAGUGAGGGCGACAAGUCACAAACCGGAUGAGAUUUAUGGCAUUAUUGAGAGACUUAGUCCGGGAACGAGGAAAAUUGAGCUUUUUGGAAGGCCGCAUAAUGUGCAACCGAAUUGGAUUACUUUGGGAAAUCAGCUGGAUGGCAUAAGACUCGUUGAUCCCGAACUCAUUAGCUCGUUCCAGAAAAGGUAUCCCGAUGGAAAUUGCAUGGCACCGAAAAAAUAAAGAAAUUUUAAAUAGAUUUUUUUUUAACUUUUGACCAAGUAUUGAAUAAAAAAAAAAUAAAAUAAAAAAAUAAUUUUAAAAAAUUGAAAAAA